GCCGUUGGCUUUUUUCAGCCAAGUUGUGAACAUAUAUAAUAGUCAUUGUUGACAUAAAGAUAGAGGGUAAAGAAUAUGUGAUUUGUGAGGACACAGGCUUCGUAUAAGGCAUAUGGUGGUUGAGAGCUUGAGCUCUGCCGUCACCUUGUCUGGGUUAGGAUCCUGGAUCUACCAUUUACCAAGCCCCUCUGUGCCUGUUUCCUCAUCUGUCACCUAGUCAUAGUAUUUGUCCCUCCCCUUAGGACUGUUGUGGAGAUUAAAUUAGAUGAUACUCAUACAGCACUGAGAAAAGUAGCUAAGCCACGAUGAGGACUCAGCAAACGUUAGCAUUCUUUAUUUUCAAUAACGACUCCACAUGCUUAAUGAGUGUUUUAAUCACACCUGACAUUACUUGACAAGUACUUGCUCCCAGCGAUUUGUGUUCUAAUCCAGAUUUGCCAGUAGUUAUUUCUUGUUCUACGAUGAGAUUCUUCAUAUUGUAAAUAACAUGUCUUACAGAAUAAAAGCAAGAAGUCAUCACCGACAAAAUGAAGAUCCUACUACUUAUGUUAAUCCUUUGGGCUGAAACACUGGCAGAUCAGAGUCCAGAGCCAGGCCCUGAGUUUGCAGAUGUCGUGUUUCUGGUGGACAGCUCUGACCACCUGGGAACCAAGUCCUUCCCCUUUGUGAGAACGUUCAUCACCAAGAUGAUCAGCAGUCUCCCCAUCGAGGCCCACAAGUACCGCGUGGCCCUGGCUCAGUACAGCGACCGGCUCCACAGUGAGUUCCAGCUGAGCACCUUCAAGAGCAGGAACCCCAUGCUGAACCACCUCAAGAAGAACUUCGCCUUCAUCGGCGGCUCCCUGCGGAUAGGAAACGCUCUCCGGGAGGCCCACAGGACCUUCUUCUCCGAAGCGGCCGGAGGGAGGGACAAGAAGCAGUUUCCCCCGAUUCUGGUGGUCCUGGCUUCGGCGGCGUCCGAGGAUGAUGACGUGGAAGAGGCCUCCAAGGCCCUGCGGGAAGACGGGGUGAGAAUCAUCUCCGUGGGGCUGCAGGAAGCUUCUGAGGAGGAGCUGAAGGCCAUGGCCACGGCUCAGUUUCACUUCAACCUUCGGUCGGUCAGGGACCUGAGCGCGUUUUCCCAAAACAUGACGCAGAUCAUCAAGGAAGCGACCCAGUACAGGGACGGAGCGGCAGACGCUGAUAUGAAAGUGACCUGUCAGAGAGAUUCAUUAGCUGACCUCAUGUUCCUGGUGGAUGAGUCAGUGGGCACCAGACAAAACUUAAGGAACCUGCAGAAUUUCCUGAGGAAUAUUACUGCCUCCAUGGAUGUGAGGUUCAGCUGCACGCGCCUCGGGCUUAUGAGUUACAGUGAUAGAGCAGAGACUAUUUCUUUUCUAAAAUCAAACACAACCCAGGAUGAAUUUCAGCAGCAAAUCCAGAAGCUUUCUCUCCGGACGGGGAAAGCCAAUGCUGGUGCUGCCAUUGAGAAGAUGAGACUAGAAGCCUUUUCAGAGUCUGCUGGCAGCAGAAGGGCAGAGGGGGUGCCUCAGAUCGCAGUCUUGGUCACUCACAGACCCUCAGAGGACACGGUACGUGAUGCCGCACUGCGGCUUCGGAUGCAGGACGUGACUGUGUUUGCCGUGAACAUCCAAGGGGCGGAGGACACCCAGUUAGAAGAAAUAGUGUCUUACCCCCCGAGACAGAUGGUUUCCGUGCUCAAGUCCUAUGCCGACUUGGAAACUUACAGUAAGAAAUUCCAGAAAAAGCUGCGGAAUGAAAUUUGGUCCCAAAUUUCUACUCGUGCUGAGCGAGUGGACCUUGACAAAACUGGCUGUGUGGAUACAAAAGAGGCUGAUAUCUAUUUCCUCAUCGAUGGCUCAACUAGCAUAAACAGAACGGGGUUUGAGCAGAUGAAGGAAUUUAUUUUGGCAGUGACAGAAAUGUUCAGCAUUGGCCCAGACAAAGUCCAAGUUGGAGCUGUACAGUAUUCAGAUAAGAUAAAAGUGGAGUUUCACAUCAAUGACAAUUCUAAUAAUGUGGAUUUAAGAAAGGCUGUUUUGAACAUCAAGCAACUCAACGGCAACACAGAUACUGGGAAAGCCCUGGAUUUCAUGCUGCAAAUAAUAAAAGAGGGAAAGAAGCGUAGGACAAGCAGUGUUCCCAAUUAUCUCAUUGUGCUGACUGAUGGGAAGUCCAGGGAUGAAGUCCUGAAGCCUGCUGAGAGAUUAAGGGCUGAACAAAUCACCAUUCAUGCGGUUGGCAUUGGGGAGGCUAACAAAGAAGAACUCCAACAAAUUGCUGGGGAGGAAGAAAGGGUUAACUUUGGGCAGAACUUUGAUUCUUUAAAGAGAAUAAAAAAUGAAGUUGUUCGCAGAAUCUGCACUGAAAAAGGAUGUGAAGACAUGAAGGCUGACAUCAUGUUUCUGGUGGACAGUUCUGGCAGUAUUGGGUAUGAAAAUUUUGGAAAAAUGAAAACCUUCAUGAAAAAUAUAUCAGCAAAGAUUAAAAUUGGUCCAGACAAAACUCAGAUUGGUGUCGUUCAGUUCAGUAAUUAUAAUCAGGAAGAAUUCCAGCUUAAUAAAUACUUUACACAAAAAGAAAUUUCUGAUGCAGUAGACAGAAUGUCUUACAUCAACAGUAACACUUUGACUGGAAGUGCACUAACCUUUGUAGCUCAAUACUUCACCCCCACCAAGGGGGCCCGUGUUGGGGUCAAAAAGUUUCUUAUCCUCAUCACGGAUGGAGAAGCACAAGAUUCUGUGAGAGAACCUGCUAAAGCACUACGGGACAGUGGUGUCAUCAUCUUCUCCGUGGGAGUAUAUGGCGCCAACAGGAUGGAGCUGGAGGAGAUCAGUGGGGAUGGCAAGCUGGUCUUCCAAGUUGAGAACUUUGAUGAUCUAAAUGCAAUAGAAAGCGAACUCAUUUUUCGUGUAUGUGCUCUCCACGAUUGUAAAAAUAUUAAGGUGUUAGACAUCGUGUUUGUGCUGGAUCAUUCAAGCAGCAUAGGUACAGAAGAGCAAGAAAGCAUGAUGAACCUAACUAUCCAUUUGGUGAAGAAAGCAGAUGUUGGCAUCGACCGCGUUCGGAUUGGAGCUCUCAAAUACUCAAAUGAUCCUGAGGUUCUUUUCCACCUUAGUAGAUACUCAAGUAGAUCUGCAAUCGUUGAGAAUCUGAGGAGACGCAGGCACACCGGAGGGGAUACCUGGACUGCCAAGGCUCUCGAACACACAAACAUAAUGUUCACAAAAGAACAUGGCAGCCGCAUCGAGGAAAAUGUGAAGCAGAUGUUGAUUAUCAUCACUGAUGGGGAGUCCCAUGACCGAAAUCGGCUCAAUGACACAGCACUGAAGUUAAGAAACAAAGGCAUCAACAUCUAUGCAGUGGGCGUAGGAGAGGCCAACCCAUUUGAACUCGAGGCUAUCGCAGGGAAUAAAAGCAAUAUUUUCUAUGUAGGAAAUUUCAACAAACUGGAAGAUCUUUACCUGCCUCUGCAAGAAAGAAUGUGUAUCAACGCACGUGAGCCCUGCAACAUUCAAGAAGCCGAUGUGGUUUUCUUUUUUGAUGGCUCUGACAUGGUAUCCAACUCAGAGUUUGUUGCCAUGACAACUUUUCUGUCAGACAUCAUUGAUAAUUUUAACAUUGAAUCUCAGGGAAUAAAAAUUGGGCUGGCUCAAUUUGGCCGUGACUUCCAAAAAAUUAUUGAGUUGAAAAACUCUCUGACUAUAGCCAAGUUGAAGACUCAAAUUCAAAAAAUCACCAAGAGCAAGGGGUUUCCACGAAUUGACCUGGCUCUUAGAAAAGUGAAAGUCAUGUUUGAUCCACCUUCUGGUGGGAGAAGAAACGCUGGUGUCCCUCAAAUUUUGGUAGUUAUCACAUCCGGAGAUCCCUACUAUGAUGUGUCAGAGGAAGUAAAAAUCCUGAAAAACCUUGGAAUUUGUGUCCUGGCUUGGGGCAUAGGAAAUGUUCAUAAGGAACAACUUCUGCCAAUAACAGGCAAUUCUGAAAAAGUAUUCACUUUCCAAGACUUUAGUAAUUUAAGGGAUAUAGAGACGAAGAAAAGAAUGGUCCGUGAAAUCUGCCAGAGCUGCGGGAAAACCAAUUGCUUUAUGGACAUCGUGGUUGGGUUUGACAUUUCCACUCAACUGCCGGGGGCGCAGUUGUUCGAGGACCACCCCCGGCUGGAAUCAUACCUCCCAGGCAUCUUAGAGGACAUGACCUCCAUCAGGGGGGUAAGCUGUGGGGCAGGCGCAGAGGUGCAGAUGAACGUGGCCUUCAAGGUGAACGAUGAUGGAGAAUUCCCUACUGAGUUCCAAAUCUACCAGAAAGCAAUAUUUGACAGGCUGCUGCAGGUCACCGUUAAUGGGCCAACUCAUCUGAAUGCACAGUUCUUGCGGUCUCUGUGGAAUAUGUUUAAGAAGGAAUCUACAUCCCAAGGACAGGUGCUGCUCAUCUUUUCAGAUGGUCUUGGGGGUGAAAGCAAGAUAAUGCUUGAAAAUCAAUCAGACAGGCUCAGAGAAGCAGGACUCGAUGCACUUCUGGUGGUCUCCCUAAACACGACUGCCCACGAUGAGUUUUCCAGCUUUGAAUUUGGGAAGGGAUUUGAUUACAGGACUCAUCUGACCAUUGGAACAAGAGAACUGGGCAAGAUGCUAUCACAGUACCUGGGAAACAUUGCAGAGAGGACUUGCUGCUGCACAUUUUGCAAGUGUUCAGGGAGUGCAGGUCUUCCUGGGAUGCCAGGACUGCAGGCCAUGAAGGGCUCUCCGGGUAUAAAAGGCAGCAGAGGACAUCGGGGAGAGGACGGGGACUCUGGAAGACGAGGAGAAAUUGGACCCACAGGAGAUAAAGGGAUUGCAGGAUGUCCAGGGGAGCACGGCCAAAAGGGAGCCAAAGGAUAUUCUGGAUUCAAGGGAGAAAAAGGAGACGAUGGGUUUAACGGACUGGAUGGGGAGGAGGGCUUUCAUGGGUUACCUGGGACAAAAGGAGAAAAAGGCGAUCCAGGAUCCCAGGGCAGCCCAGGUUCCAGAGGCCCCCCUGGGAGAUAUGGGGAGAAGGGCUUCCCAGGAGAUCCUGGUAAUCCAGGACGCAACAGUAACAUCAAAGGACAGAAGGGCUCCAAAGGAGAACAAGGAAGACAAGGUAGAACUGGACAGAAAGGGACUCCAGGUGAUCCUAAUUCCAGAGGAAUAAGGGGAAGGGAAGGCCAAAGGGGGCCCCCAGGUGUCCCGGGGGAGCCGGGAAAUCCUGGACUUCCAGGUGCCCAGGGAGCUGACGGAUUACAAGGCCCACAGGGGGGAAAUGGAAUUCCUGGCAGCAAAGGAGAGAAGGGAAGCCCAGGGCACAAAGGACCUCAGGGCUUUCCUGGGCCGAUGGGAGCUAAAGGGAGCCUUGGAAAUCCCGGACCCGCAGGGAAAAAAGGAGAACAUGGAAUUCUUGGAGAUCCAGGGCCAGUGGGGCCAGCUGGACAGCGAGGAAAACAGGGAGAUUAUGGCAUCCCAGGCUAUGGUCAAAUGGGACGAAAAGGAGUAAAGGGCCCAAGAGGAUUCCCCGGAGAUAUGGGGCAAAAGGGUGAUGUGGGUGAUCCUGGAUUUCCUGGGGGUCCUGGACGCAAAGGAUUUAAGGGAUUAACACUCACUAGAGGCUCGAAAGGGGAAGAGGGACCUCCGGGACCCCCAGGCCCUCCCGGACGGAGAGGCAUGAAAGGCAUGGCGGGGAAGCCUGUGUAUUCUCAAUGUGAUCUGAUCCAGUUCAUGCGGGACCAUAGCCCUUGUUGGAAUGCAACAAAGUGUCCAGUGUACCCAACAGAGCUGGUAUUUGCCCUGGACCAGUCCUAUGGUAUCACAGAGCAGAGGUUUAAUGAAACGAGGAACCUCAUCACAUUCAUCAUCAAUGAUCUUAGCGUCAAGGAAAGUAACUGCCCUGUGGGAGCAAGAGUUGUUGUAGUUUCCUAUGACUCGGGCACCAGCUAUCUCAUCCGUGGGUCCGACUACCGUAACAAGAAACAGCUCCUCCAGCUUCUUUCCCAGAUAAAAUAUCGACGCCCCACGGAAGCUCAAGACAUCGGUAAUGCGAUGAAGUUUGUGGCCCGCAACGUUUUCAAGCGGACGUAUGCGGGAGCCAAUGUGAGGAAAGUGGCUGUGUUUUUCAGCAGCGUACAGACAGCCAGUCAGUCAUCCAUCCUCACAGCCACCAUGGAGUUCAAUGCCCUAGAUAUCAGUCCGGCUGUCUUUGCUCUCAAUGAAAGGGUUUUCGCUGAGGCUUUUGAGUUUGACAACACUGGAACCUUUCAGGUGAUCCCAAUUUCUCCAAAUGGGGAGUCUGUGUCAAAACUUCGGCGCUGUACCAUUUGCUAUGAUAAAUGUUUUCCAAGUGAUUGCAUCAAAGAGGUUUUUUUACCUGAAAGUUCAUACAUGGAUGUAGCCUUCCUCUUAGACAGUUCUCGGACUAUAGCAAGUGAUGAGUUUAAGGCUGUGAAAACCUUGGUGAGCUCUAUGAUUGACAACUUUGAGGUUGCCUCAGAACCUAUAACCUCAGACUUCGGUGAUAGGAUUGCCUUGUUGGGCUAUUCUCCUUGGGAUAGUUCCAGGAGAAGGAAGGGUGUGGUAAAAACAGAGUUUGAGUUUAUAACUUAUGACAACCAAGUCCUAAUGAAGAGGCACAUCCAGACUUCCCUCCAAGAGCUAAAAGGAGAAGCCACUAUUGGCCACACCCUACUAUGGGCCAUGGAGAAUCUCUUCGCACAGACACCCAACUUGAGAAGACACAAGGUCAUCUUUGUGAUCUCAGCUGGAGAAUAUCGCGAGAGCAAGGAUUUCGCAAAGAAAGUGGCUCUGAGGGCCAAGUGUCAAGGCUACGUCAUGUUUGUGAUCUCCCUGGGCUCUGCGCACAAGGAUGGCAUAGAGGAGUUAGCCAGCCACCCACUUGAUCACCAUCUGAUACAACUUGGGAGGAUUCAUAAACCAGACCUGAAUUAUAUUACGAAGUUUUUAAAGCCAUUUGUUCACUCUGUCAGACGGGGAUUCAACCAGUACCCACCACCAAUGCUUGAGAAUGCCUGUAGACUCAUCGGUGCAGAAGGAGAGGAUAAUCAAUACAGCGAUUUCCUAUUUACUCCUGAGCCACAUGAGGUUUCUUCGGGAGAGAACAGCUUCCCUGGCCAGGAAUUAAGUGCUGGGAGAGACUCAUCCUUUGUGUUGGAGGACAGUGGAAGUGACCACUUGGUUUACAUCCCAAGCCACAUGCUGAUGCCACAAGAAUUAACGAUUAAAUAUGAAAAAGGUCAGGAUUCUGAAGAAAUUGCAAGUUUCACUUCUGGACAUGAAAACCAUGGCAGAAAAGAAGAACCAGGUCUUACUUAUGAACCUGGAGAUACCUCUCUUCAAGAAUAUUACAUGGAUGUGGCUUUCCUCAUAGAUUCUUCCCAAAGAAUAGGAAAUGAGGAGUUUCAGGAAGUGAAAACUUUUCUAAUCUCAGUGCUUGAUUACUUUCACAUUGCCCCAGACCCACUGACCUCCAUGUUAGGAGACAGAGUGGCAGUCCUGAGCUACUCUCCUCCAGGCUAUAUGCCCAACAGUGAAGAAUGCCCUGUCUACCUGGAAUUUGAUUUGGUUACUUAUAACAGUAUAUACCAAAUGAAACAUCAUCUCCAAGACUCUUUUCAACAGCUCAAUGGAGAUGUUUUUAUCGGCCAUGCCCUGCAGUGGACAAUUGACAAUGUCUUUGUAGGAACCCCCAACCUGAGGAAAAACAAAGUUAUCUUUGUUAUAUCUGCUGGAGAAACCAACCCCUUAGACAAGGAAGUCUUAAGAAAUGUAUCUCUGAGAGCCAAGUGUCAGGGCUACUCCAUAUUUGUGUUUUCCUUUGGCUCUGUAUACAACGACAAGGAAUUAGAAGAAUUAGCCAGCCACCCACUGGAUCAUCACUUAGUCCAGCUUGGCCGAACCCACAAGCCAGAUUUGAACUAUAUCACCAAGUUUGUCAAGCCAUUUGUUCAUUUAAUCAGACGUGCCAUCAACAAAUAUCCCCCUGCAGAUCUGAUAGCCAAGUGUGUUAACAUCACCUCUCCCAACCCAGAGACCGUUGGCUCAGGAAACACUGUAUUCCUUAUUCCUGGGGUGUAUGAAAUAGAGACAGGAAACAGUGAGCUGGUUGAUGAAUUUGGUUCCCAGGAGCAGCAUUCCUUUGUAUUAGGGAACAAUCCUAGUAAUGGUUCUGGGACCACUACUGAUUUGAUCCAGAAGUUAUACAUGCUUUUUUCAACUGGAGAACUGAUGAUGAAUGAUAAGGAAGAGGCACAUGCAGAAGAAAUGCCAGCUCUAGCAGAUGGUAAACGACAGGAUAAAAAAGAUGGUGAGGCCCCAAGAUGAUCAGAGCAGGAAAGGAAGACAGCUCCAUUGGCAAUGUGUGAUUCCACGUGGUGCUAACUAGAAACUGUAAAUCAUCUGCUGGAAGGAGAAUGGUGAUCGGCAGGAAUUUCUCAUGAAACCAAUCAGCUAAUGACGUGCUAAACUUGUUCUGUUUCGAAUCUGAGAGGGAGACUUUUCGGAGUGAAGACAUCAACGAGCAGUACUGAGAAACUAGGAAUGACUUCAUUUCCUCCACGAAUGGGGACAACCGACCAGGAAGAGUUAACUGAAGUUUUUCUUUGACAGCUCUUGUACGGUUCGGGCAGCACUUCUGACGCUCUAUCUGCCUAAAGACUUUCAUUUUCAUCACGUCUGCAUCUCAAGUUGGACUGCUGAGUAAAAAGCGGAGUUAGAAUUUACUAGGAGUGUCUUCUCUCUCUUCAUAGAACUAGAAACCCACGUCCAUCCUUCCGAUUUCGUGCCACCCUCAUGACCUGAGCGCCCUGUAAAAGCUACCUGGCAGGCUGCUACCACCAUAGUCAAAGCCUGCUCUUUACCAGAACAUUUAGAAAAGAAUGGAAUUCGUGAGAAAGAAAAAGAAAAGAAUGGAACU